AUGGAGAAACCCACGUCUAUUGAUAACACGCGCGAGGUUGAGAUUGACGGGACGACUAGUCCCUCGCUCUCUCACGAGAUGGCUCUUCCAGAUCAUGAAUUGAAGAAUGCUGAUCCGUCGGAUAUGAAGAAUCCGCAGAAUUGGAGUCGGACUCGCAAGACUUUGCUCUUUGUCUCGCUGAUGGGUAGUUCGCUGCUUGCAGAUGGAGCAAUGGUUUGGGGUGGUACACUCGUUACGCCGCAGGCAAUGGAAUGGGGUAUCAGCGUCACACACUCAGCGACGAGUAUGAACUACGGCAUUCUGCUACAAGGCUUUGGUGGCAUGUUUGCAGUGCCAUUGAUUGAAGCCUAUGGUCGAUUCCCCGUCUGGAUCUGGCCACAGGUCAUCACAAUGUUCAUGGUACUGGGUGCCACACUCUCCCACGACUGGUCCACCUUUACAGCCUUCCGCUCGCUGCAGGGACUUUUCGGCACAGUCCCCCAGGUUAUCGGUCUACCUAUCAUUCACGAUAUGUACAGCCCAGAGGAAUGGCCUCGCAUGAUCAAUAUCUGGGGUACAACUUUCAUGGUCGGCCCUUUCCUCGGCCCCGCACUCGCUGGUUAUAUCGGCGCAGGCACAAACUGGGUUGAUUCCUUCGGCGUGCUUACGGCUAUCUAUGGCCUUUCUACGAUUAUGGUACUCGUCUUCGGCGCCGAGACUUAUUAUAACCCCGGCAAAGCACCAACCUCGCGUGUCGGUUCGUACUUUGGAGUUGGAAAUACGAAGUUGCCCAAGGGCUCAACUCUGUGGUACUGGUGCAAGGUUAUGGUGUUAUAUGUUUUCAAGUUCCCGUUGUUGAUGACGGGUAUUGCGAUUCUGGUGACUUUUACUUGGCCCAUUGGAAUCACCACUACCAUCGACAGCUUCUUGCACAGCCCACCAUAUAACUUUGACACUAUCGAAGCAUCAUCCAUGCGUUUCGCCGGUGUAAUCGGUGCUCUCGGCGGCUGGCUCGUCGGCUUCAUCUUCAACGACUGGAUCUUCAAGCGCCACCACGCAAACUGGCGGACCGAAUACCGUCUACACGGCGUCUGGUUCCCCCUCUCCAGCAUGGUCUGCGGCCUACUCACCUACGGUCUAACCAUGAACUUUGGCAAGCACUGGAUCGGUAUUGCCUUUGGAUGGAUCAUGGUUAAUAUCGGUAUGGUGGGGACAGUUGUUGCCGUAACAGCCUACGCCCUAGAAAAAUACCCCGAACAAUCCACCGUCGUCUCCGCAAUCCUAAACAUGUGGCGUACCUGCGGCGGUUUCGCUGUCGGAUACUUCCAGCCAGCCUGGAUUGCUCGGAACGGACUAGGUCUUGUAUUCGGUAUCCAAGCUAUCGUCGUCAGUGUCUCGGUUAUUCUGUGCAUUGUGCCGGUCUUGAUCAAGGAGAGACGAAAGAGUGUCGUUACCGCGGCUUAA